CGUGUUCAUGUGGACUGUUUUGUAUCCCCUUAACAUUUGACAACACUAGCUUUGCACUAAUCCAAUUUGACAACAUAGAUAACAUCUCUUUGUAUUUUGCAUUAUUGCUUUGUAUUCCAAUCGUUGACUUAUGUCGUCUUCGUCAUCCAAAUCCAGACCACAAUGGAUCUACGAUGUGUUCAUCAAUUUCAGGGGAGGAGGCACCAGGAAUUUCGUUUCUCAUCUCUAUUACGCCCUCUUAAAUGCCGGAGUCAACACUUUCUUCGAUGAGGAGAAUCUACUCAAGGGAAUGCAACUGGAGGAACUAAUGCGAGCAAUAGAAGGGUCUCAGAUAGCAAUAGUUGUUUUCUCCGAAACCUAUACCGAAUCCACUUGGUGUCUCACUGAGCUUGAGAAAAUCAUCGAAUGCCACGAAACUUGUGGCCAAUUAGUUGUGCCCAUAUUUUACGAUGUGGACCCUUCCGUUGUACGUCAUCCGAUUGGUCAUUUUGAAAACGCUUUGAAAGCAGCUGCAGAAAAAAAGCAUUUACCAGAACUUUUAGAAUAUGGGUUACGGAGGUGGAGAACGGCACUCACCAAAGCUGCAAAUUUCUCUGGUUGGGAUGUGAGGAAUCGCAGGAAUAAGGCUAAACUAGUGAAGGAAAUUGUUGAGGACGUUCUCACAAAACUAGACUACGCACUCUUGUCUAUUACUGAAUUUCCUGUUGGAUUGGAACCCCGUAUGCAACAAGUGAUUGGAUUUAUUGAAAAUCAAUCCACCAAGGUCAGUAUUAUAGGAAUAUGGGGAAUGGGAGGAUCUGGCAAAACUACCAUAGCCAAAGCCAUCUACAAUCAAAUUCAUCGUAGAUUCAUGGAUAAAAGUUUCAUUGAAAAUAUUAGAGAGGUGUGUGAGACAGAUGGUAGAGGACAUGUUAUUUUACAAGAACAACUUCUUUCAGAUGUCCUAAAAACAAAGGUGAAGAUACAUAGCGUUGGAAUGGGAAAAACUAUGAUCGAGAACAGACUUUCUGGGAAAAGGGCACUCAUUGUACUUGAUGAUGUCAACGAGUUUGGCCAAUUAAAAGACCUAUGUGGAAAUCGUAAAUGGUUCGGUCAAGGAAGUGUAAUACUCAUAACAACUAGAGAUCUACACUUGCUUGACCUACUUAAAGUUGAUUAUGUUUAUGAGAUGGAUAAAAUGGAUGAAGAUGAGUCACUUGAGCUUUUUAGUUGGCAUGCUUUUAGAGAAGCAAAACCAGUAGAAGACUUCAAUGAACUUGCAAGAAAUGUAGUUGCUUAUUGUGGAGGGCUACCUCUAGCUCUUGAAGUUCUUGGUUCUUAUUUAAUUGAGAGGACAAAGAAAGAUUGGGAAAGUGUAUUGUCAAAACUAAAAAUAAUUCCCAAUGAUCAAGUUCAAGAGAAAUUAAGAAUAAGCUUUGAUGGUUUACGUGAUCACAUGGAAAAGGAUAUAUUCCUUGAUAUAUGUUGUUUCUUUAUCGGUAAAGAUAGAGCCUAUGUUACGGAGAUACUAAAUGGUUGUGGACUACAUGCUGAUAUUGGAAUAACAGUUCUUAUAGAGCGUAGUCUCUUAAAAGUUGAAAGAAACAACAAACUUGGAAUGCAUCAAUUGCUACGGGACAUGGGAAGAGAAAUAAUUUGUGAAAGUUCAAGAACAGAACCUGGGAAGCGCAGUCGAUUGUGGUUUCACGAGGAUGUACUUGAUGUAUUGGCAAAGAAUACUGGGACAGAAGCUAUUGAGGGAUUGGCUCUGAAAUUCCAUUUCACCGGUAGAGAUUGCUUCAAAGCUUAUGCUUUUGAGGAAAUGAAGAGAUUGAGACUGUUGCAACUUGAUCAUGUACUACUCACAGGAGAUUAUGGAUAUCUUUCCAAGAAACUGAGAUGGAUUUGUUGGCAAGGGUUUCCUUCAAAAUACAUACCAAACAAAUUUUAUCUGGAAGGUGUUAUUGCUAUUGAUUUAAAACACAGUAAUCUUCGACUCGUCUGGAAAGAACCCCAGGUUUUGCCGUGGCUGAAAUUCCUCAAUCUUAGUCACUCCAAGUACUUGACAGAAACCCCUGACUUUUUAAAACUACCAAGUCUUGAAAAGCUCAUUCUCAAAGAUUGUCCAAGUUUGUGCAAGGUACACAAAUCCAUUGGAGAUCUCCGCAAUCUUUUAUUGAUAAAUUUGAAGGACUGUACCAGCCUAGGCAAUCUCCCAAGAGAGAUUUAUAAGUUGAAAUCUGUGAAAACUCUCAUCCUUUCGGGUUGUUUGAAGAUUGACAAAUUGGAGGAAGAUAUAGUGCAGAUGGAAUCCUUGACAACUCUAUUUGCUGAAAAUACUGCUGUGAAACAAGUGCCCUUUUCAAUAGUAAGUUCAAAAAGCAUUGGUUAUAUAUCCCUAUGUGGAUAUGAAGGAUUAUCUCGUAAUGUUUUUCCUUCUAUCAUUCGAUCUUGGAUGUCACCAACAAUGAAUCCCCUAUCUUAUUUUCGUCCAUUUUGUACCACAUCAUCAUAUCUAGUUUCCAUGGACAUGCAAAGUGAUAAUUUGGGUGAUCUUGGGCCAAUGCUUAGCAACCUCUCAAAUCUUCGAAGUGUUUUGGUGCAAUGUGACACAGAAUUUCAACUAUCUAAACAAGUGCAAACAAUUUUGAACGACGUAUUUGGUGUAAAUUUUACAGAAUUGGAAAUAACAUCACGUACAUCACAAAUUUCAAAGCAAUACUUGCGGUCUUAUUUGAUUGGAAUUGGAAGUUACGACCAAGAAGUCUUCAAUACUCUCAGCAAUAGCAUAUCUGAGGGAUUGGCAGCCAAUGAGGGUUUUGAUGUUUUUCUCUCAGGUGGCAAUGAUCCUUCUUGGUUGACCAAUAUAGGUGAGGGGCAUGCAGUGUAUUUCACUGUGCCUGAGGGUUGUUGCAUGAAGGGAAUGACUUUGUGUGUUGUUUAUUCAUCAAGCCCUGAAACCACGGAACCGGAAGAAUGUCUUAUUAGUGUCAUAAUGGUUAAUUAUACAAAGUGCACUAUCCAGAUACACAAGCGAGACACAGUAAUUUCCUUCAAUGAUGUGGAUUGGCAGGGCAUAAUAUCACAUUUGGGACCUGGAGACAAGGUGGAGAUUUUUGUGAUUUUUGGGCAUGAAUUGGUGGUAAAGAAGACAGUUGUUUAUCUGAUUUAUGGUGAAUCAAUUGACUUGGAAAUGGAUCCUUCUCCCAAGCCAAAGAAAGAGACAAAGAAAAAGGCCAUUGGAAGAUUCAUAAAGAAAAUUGUAACGAGCAAGACUCAAGAACAAUAAAGGUUUCAACCAACUUUUACUGGGCAUGCGAAAGUCUUGGUCUAUGAUCCCCGUACUUUUUCUUGUAGAGAUGAGGGAAUAACUCAUGUUACAUAGAUAUAAAAUAGAAAUUCAUUAAGAACGUUAACAUCUUGUUAAGAGUUCACGUCCACUUGUUAAUGUUGGAAAAUCUUAAAUUUCUAGAGAUUCCGAGAGAUCCGAGAUAUUCGAGAUAUCCGAUUUAAGUUAUUUGAAAUUAUUUGAUUUAUCAUUUGAGUUAUUUUGUUUCAGAUUAGAUAAGAUAGU